AAGCAGAAGACGGCAUACGACUCAUUGUUCGGCCGUAUGAGAGAAGCUCGUAAAAUAUCCAAGGGGAUAUUUGAUUUUCUAAAGAAUAUCGUCGUUCUGCUCUUAGGCACGAUCGGGUGCACCAUCAUCCUUGGAGUGACGAUAGUGGUACCAGUUUGCAUGAUGGUGAUCGGUGGAUUGUACCUUUACGACUGUCCGCAGGGUGAAUACAUUCCCGUAUACCUGUUGGUAGGCGGUGGAUUCGGAGUGUUUAAGCAAUUGUUAACUUUAUCGGCCAGAGUGCGGCAGCGUCAAGAGGAAAGGGACGAAGAGAGGAUCAGGCAGUCGCCUACGCAGACCCUGAUCAAUUGUUUCAUGCUGGGAUGGUUCAUU